GUUUGGCUUCGGACAGACAUCCACCCAGCCCUCUCACUAACCCUCAGCUCACUUGCCAGCAUGCACAUGGAGGAGAAGACCGAGUGUGUGUCCCUGCCUCCGCAGGGCCCCCCGGGCCCCCCUAAGUGUGAGCUGGUGUGCAUCUUUGGGACGGGGGACCUGGGCCGUUCUCUGGGCCAACGUCUUCUCCAGGCAGGCUACACGGUGGUGUUUGGUAGCAGGAGACCCCACAGCUGUGGCCCUCUGCCCCAGGGAGCACAGGUCAAGGUUCAUGCAGCAGCUGCCCAGUCAGCCAAGCUGGUCUUCAUAGCUGUCCACAGAGAACACUAUGACUUCCUGGAGUCUCUAAGAGCACAGCUAAAGGGGAAGAUGUUGGUGGACAUCAGUAACAACCAGAAGAAAGACCAAUACCCUGAGGCCAAUGCAGAGUACCUGCAGAGACUGGUCCCUGGAGCAUCAGUGGUCAAAGGCUUCAACACCCUGUCUUCCUGGUCUCUGCUGAAUGGCCCACUGGAGGGGAAACAGGUGUUAGUGUGUGGGGACAGUGCGGAGGCCAAGCAGGGCGUGGUGGAGCUAGCCACCAGGCUGGGCCUCAGCUCACUGGACCGGGGCUGCCUCUCCUCAGCUAGGGAGCUGGAAGACAUCCCCCUGCAGCUGUUCCCUCAGUGGAGGCUCCCCCUGCGCCUGGCCGUCGGCCUCACCGCCUCCUUCUUCUUCUACCUGCUCACCAGAGACGUCAUCUACGCAUACGCCACCAAGGGCAAAGACGUCUCCUUCAGAAUCGUGGUCUCCCUGGCCAACAAGGUGUUCCCCAUCGUGUCUCUGAUAAUGCUGUCUUUGUGUUACCUGCCCGGUGUUCUGGCAGGGAUCCUGCAGCUCUACAGAGGGACCAAGUACAUGCGAUUCCCUGAUUGGCUGGACCGCUGGAUGCUGUGCAGGAAGCAGCUGGGUCUGCUGGCGUUGGGCUUUGCCUUCCUACAUGUCAUCUACACUCUGAUCAUCCCCAUUCGCUACUCUGUCAGACACACCCUCAUCUCCCGGGUGGUCAACGAGAUGAAGAACAACAACAAGAGCACUCCUUUUGACUUUGACAACACGGAGGCCUGGGCCACGGACUCCUUCUACAUGCUGGGAGUGUUGGGGUUCUCUCUCUACAUCCUGCUGGGUCUCACCUCUCUACCCUCGGUGGGCGCCACUCUCAACUGGAGCUGUGCAGGUUUGUGUGUGUAUGUGUGUACAGUGUGUGCGUGUAUGUUCAUGUGUGUAGGUGUGCGUGCAUGUUGGUGGCUGUGUGUGUGUGUGCGCCAGCCUGUUCAUUGCAAUACACUGUUAUUCUCUCUUAUCAGUCAUCUACAGUUGCACUACCGACUGUUGAUAUUAUACAUUGCCUAAUGUAUAAUUGAA